UCCCCUUUCUAAGGUAUAUAAGUGACUCUCUUUUCCCUCCAAACCAAACCAAACCAGCCAGUACAAAGAUUACUGAUUGACAGUCAUCAGCUUGUUCUUCUCCUCUGUGUCAGCCAAUCACCACCUCAGCAAAGAUGACAUCAGUCUUUCCGUUUGCUUUGUUGCUCUGUUUGUCCAGCGGACUGUUGACUGCAUAUGGUGAACCUUGCUGCCCUCCUGGUUGGACUCAGUUUGGCUCUCACUGUUUCAAUUUCUACAUCCAGACAAAGACCUGGUCUGAUGCAGAGGCCUUCUGCAUCUCCGCUGGUGGGAAUCUGGCUUCCAUCCACUCAGAUAAAGAACAUGGAUUCAUCAAAGACUUCAUUUUCCAAGUGACCGGUGCACAGACAACUGCCUGGAUCGGAGGCACCGACGCAGUGAAGCCGUUGACGUGGUUCUGGUCUGAUGGAUCCAAAUUCGACUACGCAAGCUGGAAUGCGGGGGAGCCUAACAACGCUGGUGGAAAUGAGUUCUGUAUUACCAUGAACUGGGGUGGAGCAAACUGGAACGACUGGGCUUGUGCCAACAAGGCUGCUUUCGUGUGCUCCAAGAACCUGUGUGUGUAACUCUACCACACCAUCAUGAUGCCUCUACAGCUCAUCUAUAAUCUCUAUCAUUGAUUCACUUUCAGUUUGUUCAGCAGACAGAAACAGUUUAUAAUCUGAAGAGUUAGGGAACAGUUCACAUUUGGGUUCAAAAUUAGACAGAAACUGGCUCACUGAGCUGGACAAAAACUAAUCAGUAAUUGGACUUUUAAUUUAUAGUAAAUAACACAAAACGAAAAAACAUUUCAAUAGUCACACAUCUUUUACAUUUUAGCGUACGGUAAAUAUGAAGUUCCCUCAAGCAGACAUUAGCUUCGCUUAGCAUAAAGAUUGGAAACAGCUAGCCUAGCUUAGAAUAAAGACUGGAAACAGCUAGAAUGACUCUGUCCAAAGGUAAACCUACCAGACAUGAGUGGUGAUGAUCUUUUCAUCCGAAAUGUCCAGAUAGAAAAUAAAAGUGUAUAUUUUGUCGGAUCUUUCUGUGAUACAAGAGGAGAACGCAGCUAUAAUAGCACUUCAUAAUAACUAUUAAUAUUUCAUAUAGUCCACUGGUUUAAUGAACUGGUUCCUUUUUAUUCUUAAAACUGAUGUGUU